AUGUGCUUCGAGUUCAGCUCAUGUUUCGGCGGCGGCAGAAAGGACGACUACGGCGGCGAGCGGUCCAACCAUGGCGGCUGUGGCGGUUGUCGCCGCGGCCACGGCCGCAGAGGGGACCGUGGGAACGACGCCUCCUACUACGGCGAAGCCGACCGCAAGCUGGCGCCGGCCUACGACCACCAGCCGGCCGUCUACGAGGCGGGUCGCAAGGCCCACCAUGAUGGCGGGCGGAAAGCUGACCACGCCUCAGUGGUCGCCGGCGCCGGUGGCCACGGCUAUUACGCCGCCUACGCACUUGACAAGGCCCACGAGACGCCGAAGCUUCUUGCGUGGCACAACAAGGUAGCGGACGACGCCGGCUACGCUUACAACACGUCGCGCCUCGGCCACCAGGCUGCGCCUGAUCAUAGGGAGCACGCCGCCAUGGAUUACCACCACUACGCAACCACUACUACCAAUCUCGUACGGUACUAG